AUGAACCCUGGUUUGAUUCCCCUGAUUGUAUAUCUAUAUUUUUUUUCCAAUUCCCUCAUCGACACCGUGGCCCAGCCGGUCUUCGCCGGCCCGCCUCCAUUAGCUUUAAACUGCGGCUCAAAAGACGGUGGCAAUGAUGCUAAUAAUCGCAAAUGGGAAUCAGAUACUAAAUAUCUGGUGGUCGCUGACAAAUCGGUUUCAUCAACCGCCUUAACACAGGAGGCGUCGCUUUCCUCAGACCUACCCUACAUGACCGCCAGGAUCUUCAAUGGAGAAACCUCGUACAAAUUCAACGUUAAUUCCACUAGUCGAUACAUCAUUCGACUCCAUUUCUAUCCUUCCAACUACCCUGAUUACAACAUUUCCAAUUCCUAUUCCGUCGUCACCACAGGUGCAAUUACGUUAUUGAGAAAUUUCAGUGCCUUCAUAACAGCGGAAGCACUUUCACAAGCCUACCUAAUCAGGGAAUACUCGCUAGCGGCUUUUAAUUCCGAUUCGAUCACCCUCACCUUCAAACCCGACGCCGAUAAAUCUUUUGCGUUUGUUAACGGAAUCGAACUGAUAACAGAGCCGGAACUGUUCGACGAUCAGGCGGGGUUAGUCGGGGUAGCAGAUACUGCUGGCACCAUCGACGGCGUAUCCUCAAAUAUGCAGAACAUGUUCAGGUUGAAUGUUGGUGGACAAUUCAUUCCUCCAACGAAUGAUUCUGGUGGUCUGAUGAGGAGUUGGUAUGAUGAUACACCUUAUAUGUUUGGUGCCGGUACCAUCAGUCACGUAGGAAACGUUACAAUUGAUUACAAAGACCUUCCGGAGGCCACAGCUCCGGCAGACGUUUAUCGGACGGCAAGAUCUCAAGGACCAGAUCCCAAUAUCAAUAAACAAAGCAAUGUGACAUGGGUGUUUCAGGUUGAUGCCGAUUUUACUUAUCUUGUUAGGUUCCAUUUUUGUGAAUACCAUCUUGAUAAAAUUAACCAGCGGGUUUUCGAGAUAAAGUUGAACAAUGAAACCGCGUUUAACACCGCCGAUAUUAUUGCAUGGACCGGAGGAAAAGGGAUUCCUACGAGAAAAGAUUAUGCGGUUUAUAUUGGCAAUAAGCUUGGCAUCGACGCUGAAUUAUGGGUGACUCUGCAUACUAACAUUGAUUUGAAGCCUGAAUUUUAUGAUAUUCUUUUAAACGGGUUGGAGGUUUUUAAACUGAGUGACUCGCAAUCAAACCUCGCCGGACGGAAUCCUGUUCCAUCUAAAAUGAUGCAGAAACAGUUGAUCGAGAAUCGAGCAGCUCAUGACCCGAAUAGAAAAUGUAGCAAGCAGGUUAUAGUUGGCGGUGCUGUUGGUGGAGCCGCAACAGUCGGGGUUGCAGCGGUGGUGUUAUUCAUGAUUCGCAAGAGAAGAAGAAGAGUGUCGGGAUCGGAUCCAGGUGCCACUAGUUGGCUUCCGGUAUACGGUAACUCAGCUAGCAAAUCGACUACCUCCGGGAAGAGCCAUGGAAGUUGUAGUUUGUCAACAGAUGCCGUCUGUAAUUGCCGAUAUUUCUCAUUGAUGGAGAUCAAACGAGCGACUAAUAAUUUCGACGAGAGUAAGGUGUUGUGUGCGCGUCCUGCCCUAAACCCUAGUCUUCCAAAAGAACAGGUGAGUCUAGCGGAUUACGCUUUGCAAUCGGCGAGGAAAGGGGCGUUGGAGGAGAUGGUGGAUCCCCAAUUGAAAGGGAAGAUUAAGCCGGAGGCGUUCAAGAAGUUUACCGAUUGCUCGUUAAAGUGUUUGUCGGACCAUGGGCUAGAACGACCGUCAAUGGGAGAUGUGUUGUGGACUCUGGAGUCUGUGCAUCGGAUUGAAACCAAGGCAGAAGAAACAAGAAAUAGUCCCAAAUCAUCGUCGUCUUCAAGUGGGAUGGUGGAAGUGCCGAUCGAUAACAAUGACAUGAUUGCUAUGCAUCUUAACACUCUAAACCUUGAUAACGAUGAUGACGAUGACUAUGACGACCCCGGGGAUGAUGCUGCCAUCUUUUCGCAGAUUAUAAAUCCAAAAGGACGAUGA